AAAUUCUAUUUGUAAAACUCUGUAUUUAGAACUAUGUAAAAUAAUGCUAGAAAGUAAAGUUGUUGAUAAAGACAAAAAGGCUAGUACACUUUAUUUAGGCCUUAAUGAUAACAAUCUGCCUGUUCCUGUUUUCUCAUUUUUCAAAUGUUCUGUUAUAGUAGCAUUUGUUUCAGUUUGUUGUUUUUGGGUUACGCAGUGGGGUGACUUUACUUUUGAUGACAACUCCGCAAUUUUACUUAACGAAGACAUACGAUCUCAUACUUCAGUUUGGCAGGUCUUCGAAAAUGAUUUUUGGGGCACAAGCAUUAGGUCAAACAUAAGCCAUAAGAGUUAUAGACCACUUACAGUAUUAUCCUUCAGGCUUGAUUAUUUCCUUGCUGGUGGGUACAAACCUUGGGGUUUCCAUCUUGUUAAUAUUGUGUUACAUUCGAUAAAUAGUAUUUUUAUUUUGCAAGUUUUUUCUGUUUUGUUUGGGGGCAUCAGAGUUUCUCCAGAUGGAAGAAAGGUUUUUACAUCCCCAAAAGCAAGUCUUUUAUGUGGUAUCUUGUUUGCUAUUCACCCAAUUCAUACAGAAAGUGUUGCUGCAAUUGUUGGGCGAGCUGAUUUGCUUUGUUGUACAUCAUUUAUUUUAUCUUUUCUCUGUUAUUCAAAGCAUUGUUAUUUAGAUAAUGGAACCUGGAAAUACUUUUUAAUGAGUAUUAUACUUUGUGCAGUUUCAAUGUUUUUUAAAGAACAAGGAAUUACUAUUUUGGGUGUUUGUGUUGGAUAUGAGUUAGUAAUGAUAAUGAAGCUUAACAAUAUCAAUAUUUAUAACAUCAGCAAGCAAAAAUCUUUGAAAAGAAUAUUUUUAUUAACUAUUUGGGGCUUGGUCUUGUUGUUAUUUCGAAUUUAUAUCAUGAGUUCUAGUCUCCCAAACUUUUCAUAUCAAGAUAAUCCUGGUUCAUUUCAAAAGUCAUUAGUUGUGCGGGUUUACAACUACAUCUAUCAUUAUUCAAUAAAUAUAUGGCUCCUUUUAUCUCCCCAUUGGUUAUGUUUUGAUUGGGCAAUGGGUUGUAUUCCAAUAGUUAAAUCUUUAACUGAUUUGCGGUUAUUUGCUCCAAUGUUUAUGAUUUUAUGUUUCGGCAGUAUUUGUUUGAAAACCUUGCUCAAUCUAAAAAUAUAUUUUAUGAGAUGUUUUGCUAUGGGAGUUAUCUUUAUGGUUGUUCCUUUUCUUCCAUCUACAAACAUAUUUUUUCGUGUUGGUUUUGUUAUUGCUGAACGAAACUUGUAUAUACCAUCAAUUGGCUUUCUUAUGUUGGUAGUCCUUGGAACUGUUGUGUUAUGUUCUACUGUUAGAUUACAAAUGUUGAUGGCAUUUUUCUGGAAACUUUUGAUCAUUGUCUUUAUUCUUAAAUCUUAUAAUAGAGCUUCAAAAUGGUUAAAUGAAAUGGAUUUGUUUACAUCUGGGCUUGAAGUUUGCCCAUUGAAUGCAAAAGUUCAUUACAAUAUUGGCAAAGUUAACCAGGAUAAAGGCAAUUUAGAUGAAGCUAUAAAAGCUUAUCAUAAAGCAAUAAGACUUGAUUCAAGUUAUGAUCAACCACUUAAUAAUCUUGGGAAUAUCUACAAGGAAAAGAAUAUGCUUCUAGAAGCUGAGCAUUAUUUGCAAAUGGCUGUCAAUGUCAGUUCUUCAUUUUCUACUGCUUGGAUGAACCUUGGAGCUGUGAAAGCAGACCUUAAAAAAAAAGAGGAAUCAAUAAAUUGCUACAAAAAGGCUACAACAUUAAAAAAAAACUAUCCAGAUGCAUACUAUAACUGGGGAAAUUUGCAUUUAGGUUAUAAAGAGUAUGACCAAGCUUUGGAUAAAUUUAACAUGGCAAUAAAGCUUCAACCAACACAUUUAAAAGCUUGGCAAAAUAAAAUUAUUUUGCUGGGUGAUUUAGGAAAUGUUGUUGAGCUGAAACAAUCUGGCAAAAAGAUAUUAGAAUUGUUUCCACUUGAUGAUGAGAUGCUUUACAUUGUUGGGAAUGCUCUGGGUAAAGCCGAAGAUUUAAAGACAAGUGAACAUUAUUUAGAGAAAGCUUUAGCAUUAAAUCCAACGCAUGCUAAUGCUAUUGGAAACUUGGGAGUAAUUUAUCAUCGUUUGAAAAACUAUCCGAAAGCUUAUGAAUUAUAUGUAAAGUCAUUGCAAUUAAACCCAAACAGCGAGUCCACUGCAGCUAAUUUAAAGAAACUGCUAAAUGUUUAUAAGAAAUCAUAAACAAAAUUAAUUUUGUGGUCGUUUGCGGUUUAUUGAUGUAAUAUAGUUUAUAUAUUUAUGUCUGAUUGCUUUUGCUUGCAAUGCUUUUCAGGUUAUUAGUAUGCACUUUUUUUAGGCUAUGUUUUGAUGUAAAGUUUUUAAAAAUAGUUUUUUGUUGAACCGGAAUUUAUUAUAUCAAUUUUUUUUCUAAUAUUUUUUAUAUGGAAUGAAUUUUUUAUUGAAGUUUUUUAUUUAUUUUUUCUUAAUAGUAGACUCUAGUCAACUCAACGUAUUUUUUGCAACGCAAAAAAAAAUCGAAGUUUUUAU